ACAAAACAAAAGAAAGCUUUUCUGCUGAGUGGGACCAACCCGCCGCCCCAGGGCGCGGCCUCACGGGGCCGUUUAACAGACGGGGACAGACGGACACGGGAGACGGACCUGAGAGACACAAGAGACGGACACGGGAGACGGACACGAGAGACGGACACGAGAGACGGACACGAGAGACGGACACGAGAGACGGACACGGGAGACGGACCGGAGAGACAAACAGCAGCAGGAAAGAUGAGAGAGAUAGUUCACAUCCAGGCCGGACAGUGCGGGAACCAGAUUGGAACCAAAUUUUGGGAGGUGAUCAGUGACGAGCACGGCAUCGACCCGGCGGGCUGCUACGCAGGCGACUCGUCUCUGCAGCUGGACCGAGUCGACGUCUACUACAAUGAGGCGUCCUCACAUAAAUACGUCCCCCGCGCUGUGCUGGUGGACCUGGAACCAGGAACCAUGGACAGCGUCCGCUCGGGAGCCUUCGGACAACUCUUCAGACCGGACAACUUCAUCUUUGGUCAGACGGGCGCAGGGAACAACUGGGCCAAAGGUCACUACACGGAGGGGGCGGAGCUUGUGGAUUCGGUCCUGGACGUCGUGAGGAAGGAGUGCGAGCACUGCGACUGUCUGCAGGGGUUCCAGCUGACUCACUCCCUGGGCGGGGGCACCGGCUCGGGUCUGGGAACCCUGCUGAUCAGCAAGAUGCGGGAGGAGUACCCGGACCGGAUCAUGAACACCUUCAGCGUCAUGCCCUCGCCCAAGGUGUCGGACACCGUGGUGGAGCCCUACAACGCCACCCUGUCCGUCCACCAGCUGGUGGAGAACACGGACGAGACCUACUGCAUCGACAACGAGGCUCUCUACGACAUCUGCUUCCGCACGCUCAAGCUGACCACGCCCACCUACGGCGACCUCAACCACCUGGUGUCGGCCACCAUGAGCGGCGUGACCACCUCGCUGCGUUUCCCCGGCCAGCUCAACGCGGAUCUCCGCAAGCUGGCGGUGAACAUGGUGCCGUUCCCCCGGCUGCACUUCUUCAUGCCGGGCUUCGCCCCCCUGACGGCGAGAGGCAGCCAGCAGUACCGAGCGCUCAGCGUCCCCGAGCUCACGCAGCAGAUGUUCGACGCCAGGAACAUGAUGGCGGCAUGCGACCCGCGGCACGGGCGCUACCUGACCGUGGCCGCGGUCUUCCGCGGGCCGAUGUCCAUGAAGGAGGUGGACGAGCAGAUGCUGAACGUGCAGAACAAGAACAGCAGCUACUUCGUGGAGUGGAUCCCCAACAACGUGAAGGUGGCGGUCUGCGACAUCGCCCCUCGCGGACUCAAGAUGGCCGCCACCUUCAUCGGCAACAGCACGGCCAUCCAGGAGCUUUUCAAGAGGAUCUCGGAGCAGUUCUCAGCCAUGUUCGGCGGAGGCCUUCUU